CAAUUGCACCCAACGUCGUUUUGCACUUUUGCUUGAUGCCUUUCCACGGACCUCAACCGUCUGAAAUAUACUGCUCAAGCAAAUAAGCUCGACACUUUGAAGAAAGAGAGAAGGAAACGGCUUUGACUCUCAAAUUUGUAAUUCGAUCACUCAAUUUUCCCAGUUCUCAAUCCAAUUCCAGUUUUUAGAAUUGAAAGAUGGAUGAUAUUUUGGUUGCUGUGCUUUCGAUGCUGCUUAUAUUUGGUUUAGUUCCGCUGUUUUUAUGGAAACGUCGUCAGGAUUCUAAAGCUGCCGAUAGGCAUGAAGAAGAGCCUCGGGUUCCUCAAAGGGAAAAUGUGGUAUGCGCUACUGGGGCUCGUCGUAUGCGUCGUAGGCCAGCAGCCAGGGCUAGUACAUCUACAGCUGCAGCAGCUGUUGAAGAAUUAGGCGACGAGAGUGAUGAUGAAGAUGCUGAGGUUGAGAAUGAAACUAGGGGAGGAAGGAAAAAAGAUAAGAAACGACAAGAACGUGAAGCACAAAGACAGGCUGAACAAGCUUCACGUGACUCAAGGUUAGCCAAGCAAGAUCGUUAUGCAGAAUCACAAAGAAGAAAAGAUGAGGAACGUGAAGCAGAAGAGCGACGAAUGGAAGAGGAAGCUAAGGCUCGGCAAGCUAAGGAAGAAGCUGCCGCUGCAUUAGAGUUUGAAAAGUGGAAAGGGGCCUUCUCAAUUGAUGCUGAAGGCACCACAGAAAAUGCGGCGCAAGAAAACCAGGAUUUACUUUCUGAAUUUGUGGAAUACAUUAAGAAGCAAAAGUGUGUACCCCUGGAAGACCUGGCUGCAGAAUUUAGGUUGAGGACUCAGGAAUGUAUUAAUCGUAUCACAGCUCUAGAAAAUAUGGGAAGACUUUCAGGAGUCAUGGACGAUAGAGGAAAGUACAUAUAUAUCUCACUUGAAGAAAUGAAAGCUGUUGCUGAUUAUAUAAUGCGUGAAGGCAGGGUUAGCAUCUCACAUUUGGCUAGCAAAUCCAACCAGUUCAUUGACUUGGAGCCCAAAGUGCAGUAUGAGGAAAUUACCAGUGUAGACGAGAUUUUAGCUGUUUGAUGACACACUUAGUUUAUGGAAAAAUCAUAUUGCCCGACUUACAUGAUAGCAGAAGAGCAGCAGGAAAUAUGAAAGAAAGUAUGUUACCAACUUGCUUCAUGUCUGUGUUCAGUUUUGCUUGUCUGUAGCACUAUGUGAUUCACAUGAUGUAGGUAUGAAACUGGGCUACAAUUACACUGGGAAAAAGAAGAGGAAAGGGGGGUGAUAGGGUUUGAAAAGAAAAGAAAAGAAAAGGGCUUUAGUUAAAACCAACCUUUAUAUUGUAACAUCAACUUAAAUAUGUGAAUUACUUUUAUAAUGAAAAGCUUCUGGUUUGUGCAUCU